AUUAACCCGGUCAACAUAGCGAAUUUUAUUCCCGGCAAAAUGGAAGCAGGCGGAUUCCGCCGCUUCCUUGCGGCGAAGUCCAACGAAUAGCCAGCUGCACCAAACCAGCGACGUGGACGAACAGCUGUAAUUUCGAAACAACUUUCGGCAAGUAGGAAUGGUUAUUCUUGAUGGCGUCAAGCAGACAGAGAAACCGUCCACAAUAUAUUCCGGUACUGGGACGCGAGCGCUUCCGCCGCGUUUCCCUCCCGGAUCGUUCCAUCGGCUUAGCAACUAUUUGGUGGGCCUGCCAAAUAUAUUUCUCAAGUUCUGUGGUAUUCGUUACAAACAUCUCCCAGCCAAAAGUGAAUAGGUUCUUUUACGUCAUAUCAACUCUUAAUGUCUUUGAAGUUGUCUUUAAAGUGCAUCUAGCUGAAAACAUUCCUACCUUAAUCAAGCGCGUUCUUCCCCGUUACUGUUCUUAGUUGAGAAAACAUUGAUCUUUAAAAUCCUGUUGGGCUCGAUUUCCCUUUGAUUUUGUCAGCCCUUCUUUGUUUGCUUUGUUCUGACUUUUUGACACUCUCUUUGCAGCGCGUCCCUGCAAAUCAUUUUGUUCCUUAUUUCAUUCUGCAAACCACUACGUGCAAUGUGUAAAUAAGUGUUUCGUUAUUGUACCUCGUCAUGCUUGACACCAAUAUCAGUCCGUACAAAUACCCGCACGACUAUGGCGUUCCCAAAAACCAACUGGGUGCCAGUAUCACAGCGUGGCGCACCCAUAAUACGGCCCUCAUCAAGGACGGUACUAGCCAGCGACAACGCAGUGACCGCUUAGUCGAAGACAGUCUCCGCUUGUGCCGGGACCGCUUCGAGGUCAACCGGUUAGCUGAGACCCAGGUCAAGCAGAAAUUAGAGCAACGAGUUGACGCGGUCGGAUACUUUGAGGAUGAACUGGAGGGUAUGCUGCAUGAUCUCAGGCAGGAGGACGACAAACUUCAACUGUGUCAUUCCCGCUUAUGUGAGAGUAUCUCCAAAAAUCUGCGGCCACUUUGGGAUCUGGCGCAGCAGUGUCUGCAUAUGCGAGCCGCACGACCGGCCGGUGAAGCCACGGAGGAUGAGGUGAAUAAUCUGCUGCGUGAUGAACAGAAGCUCAGUGAACGUACCAGUCGGUACUUUGAUCACCUGAUAUCCAAUUUGGAGAAUCAACACCGGCUAAACAACGCCGUCACGUACCGGUGUCAGACCUUGAAACAGUUGGACAAGGAGACAAGGGAAGCGGCCAAAUUCUGCGAUAAGCUGUCGAGAACGGACGGGAUACAUUCGCAUCAACAGAAAAAUCUCCUGGUGCAGAUGCAUCCGGUGAAGAUGAACUUUGCUGAAUGGUCUGCGCUGUGCAAAGACGCAUUCCAGAGCGGCAUGAGCGAAAUUAACAAAUCAAACGCCAUGCGUUUAACCUGUGAUGAUGCAUUGGCCGUGGCCAAUGGGAAUAUCGAGAAACUGUACGGAGAGAUUGAACAGGCUUUCCAGCGUCGGAUAACAGAUGUCAGGAAAGCCAAAGCCAAACUAGAGGACGAAGUUAAAAAGGUGCAAGAAAAUCUGCAAAAGAUCCGCGCCGCCAAGGACGAUCUGGACACCCUACGGAAGACCACCAUCACGCCAGAGCGCGUCACUCAAUUCGAGUUAACCAAGCGCGUCCUCCCAACUCCCCUCCAUCGCAAGACCGAUCCCGUCCAUCGAGUUCUAGGGCAGGAGAUUGCCGAGUACCGGCACGGCAACCAGAAGGCCAACGAACACCUGGAGCAGUGCGACAUGCAGAUGGUAGCGCUACGCGGCAUGAUCAACCGGCUAAACGACGACAUCAAGAAGAAGGAUGAAGCCAUCCGCAUCGAUGAGGUGCAUUGUCGGGAGCUACGCAAUGUCACCAAACUGCAGCGCGUCGACCCGAGCCGCUGCACGGGAAAUCCUAUGAAGGGCGAUGUUGUCAAAUGGGUGGGACGGAAUGGGCAGCCUGUGUGAGCGCUGUUGGGUUGUUGUAUAUUUUGCUUUCUGUUCAGUGUUGUUGUGCAGCGGGCGUUGGACGCUUUUUGUUGAAGCGCAUUUGUUGUUGCCCAACAUGUUGCUUUUAUGGAGGGAACGUGUCAAAGUUCUUUAUUAAUUUUGUAUAGACCAACUAAAUUGGUUUUAUUUCUUCACUGGUUUCGACCAAAAGGUCACUACACCUGUGACAAUAAAAUUUGGUGGGA